AUGGAGACAGCUUCUUCAGACGGCGAGCUGGGGGCCCCCCUGAGGGGCCCCUCUGGGGGCCCCUCUAGGGGCCCCUCGGAGGGUCCCCCGGGGGGCCCCCCGGGGGGCCCCCUAGGGGGGCCCCCCAGGGGCCCCCGGGCCUCAGUGGGUCUCGCAAUGCUGGGGGAGUUGCUGCUGGUGGUUAAGGACCUUUGUAAAGAGCUGCAAGAGACAGCAGCACCCACUGGGGGCCCAGGCAGCAGCAGCAGCAGCAGCAGCAGCAGCAGCAGGGCCAACGGCGCGCUUUCACGCGUCAGGUCUUUUGGAGGGGGGCCCUUCCAUUCUCUUAGCUCCAGCCCCAGCCUGGCCUCAUGCUGGAGUCCCCCGUGGGACCCCUCAAGGGCCCCCUCGAGGGGCCCCUCGAGGGGCCCCUCGGGGGCCCCCCUGGGGGGCCCCCCGGGGGCCCCCCCGGGGGGCCCCCAAGGGGGCCCCCAAGGGGGGCCCCCAGACGCAGUGGGCGCUGCUGCAGAAAAGGGUAUUGCUCGUUUGCAUGCGCUUGUGGUGUCUAGACUUGAGCCGCAAGUGCAGCAAGUGCUGCAGCAG